GCAACUUCCUGAGCCCCGAGGACGUGAUGAAGGGGCUGCAAGGAGAAACCGAGGAGACCCUGAGCAGCAUCAGACUGGGCAUUUCUACCAUCGAGAAGCUCUUCCAGUCCUACAGCAUCUACUGCUCCGACACGAUGCCCGUGUAUUUCCUGGAGGAGUCGCAUCUCUGGGACUUCCCCCCCUCCCUCAUCUUCGGACGAACAGAUGCCUUCUUGCACAGGCUCAGGACCAUUGAGGAGCUGUACCAGACAGCUGUGGAGUUUCUGAAGCUGGAGAAGGCAGAGCUGGGAGGAGUGAGAGGAAGCGUCCUCGGGAGCCAGGUGUUCCAGAUCUACGAGGAGGUCUCUGAACUCCUCAAGGGUUUUGCCGAUUGCAAAUACGACCCCUUAGACCCCGCAGAAGAGCAACUGAACACGGACUUUGCAGCAUUCCAGGAGAAGGUUCAGGACGUGGACAGGCGCCUGGCCACCAUCCUCUGCCAAGGCUUUGACGACUGCAACUGCCUGGCAUCGGCUGUGAAGCUGGUGCACAUGUUUGCCUCCCUGCUGGAGCGACCUCUGAUAAGGGCUGAGGUUUCCCCUUACUUCUCAGCCCUGCUGGGAAUGUUCAACGCUGAGCUGGACAAUGUGAAGGCGCUGUACGACGCCCAGACCGCUUCCCUGCCGCCGCACGCAGGGGGCCCGGCCGUCAACAAAAACAUGACGCCGGUGGCCGGGCAGCUGCGGUGGGCGCUGGAGCUGCAGCAGCGGCUGGAGGGGCCACACAGGGACUUGUUCGCCAUGAGCCACCCCAUGAUGGUCAGCGCUGAAGCUCAGCUGGUGGCCAGGAAGCACAGAGAAAUGAUGGGGCUGCUGCAGGAUUACCGCAGGAAGGUCUACGAGGAGUGGGCGCGGGGGCCCGGCCGGGACUGCCACUUCAGCCUGGAGCAGCCCUUGAUCCUGCGGGACCCCGGCUCUGCCCUCCUCAGCGUGAACUUCAGCAAGGAGAUCGAUGCGUGCGAGGAGCUGUGCGAGGAGGUGCUGGGGUUCGCCAACACGGAGGUGUUUGGGGGGUGGCUGCAGAGCGACUGCCGCCCCUUCAACGGGGACGGAGCUGUCGCUGGGCAACAGAAGAGCAUCGCCGCCAUGGAGAGCGACAUGGCAGCCCUGUCCCAGUCAGCUGGGCUGUUCGAAGUGUCGGUCCCAAGAUACCAACAGCUCAAAGCGUGCCACAGGGAGGUGCGCUUGCUGAAGGAGCUCUGGGACAUGAUCGUCCUGGUUAACACGAGCAUUGAUGACUGGAAGACCACCAGGUGGAAGGACAUCAAUGUUGAGCAGAUGGAUAUUGAUUGUAAGAAAUUUGCUAAAGACAUUCGGAGCUUGGAUAAAGAGACAAGAAGCUGGGAUGCAUUCACGGGGCUGGACAACAGCGUGAAGAACACGAUAACGUCCCUGCGUGCCGUGAAUGAGCUGCAGAACCCGGCCAUCAGGGACCGGCACUGGCAUGAGCUCAUGCAGGCAACCAAGGUGAACUUCACCAUGUCCAAGGACACAACACUCGCAGAUCUGCUGCAGCUGAACCUGCACAAGUUCGAGGAUGAGGUUCAUGGCAUCGUGGACAAAGCCGUGAAGGAGUCGGGGAUGGAGAAGGUGCUGAACACCCUGGAUGCUACCUGGGCAACGAUGCGCUUCGAACACGAGCCCCAUGCCAGGACUGGCAUCACACUGCUCAAGUCGGAUGAGGUCCUCAUCGAGACGCUGGAGGACAACCAAGUGCAACUGCAGAACCUGAUGACCUCCAAGUACCUGGCCUUCUUCCUUCAGGAGGUGUCGGGCUGGCAGCAGAAGCUGUCGACCGCCGACUCUGUUAUCAGCAUCUGGUUUGAGGUGCAGAGGACAUGGAGUCACCUGGAAAGCAUCUUCAUUGGCUCCGAAGACAUCCGCAGUCAACUGCCCGAGGACUCGAAGCAUUUUGAUGCUAUCGAUCAAGAUUUCAAAGAAUUAAUGGCCAAUGCGGUAAAAAUCCCCAACGUGCUUGAAGCCACAAACCAGCCUGGGCUCUACGCCAAGCUGGAAGCGUUGCAGGAAAGGCUGGCGCUCUGCGAGAAGGCGUUGGCUGAGUACCUCGAGACCAAAAGGCUGGCUUUUCCCAGGUUCUACUUCGUCUCCUCUGCAGACCUGCUUGAUAUCUUAUCUAACGGGAAUGAGCCGGUUGAGGUUGCUCUGACGUGCACCCAGAUCUGGUGGACGACGGAGGUCGGCAUUGCCUUUGCAAGGCUGGAGGAAGGCUAUGAGAACGCAAUGAGGGAUUACAACAAAAAGCAGAUCACCCAGCUAAACGCCCUGAUUUCACUGCUCAUCGGGAACCUGACCGCAGGAGACAGGAUGAAGAUCAUGACAAUCUGCACCAUCGACGUCCACGCCAGGGAUGUCGUGGCCAAAAUGAUCCUUGCAAAGGUAUUCGUUACUCAAGGGUAUCUCUACUGCGUCGUUUCCUGGCAAUUCGGAGUGAAGAUUUCCUGUUGUUUUAUGAGGAAGCCGCACUCCUGCGGCAAUAUCUACAAGGGCCUGGCCCAGACCGGCGCCUGGGGCUGUUUCGAUGAAUUUAAUCGCAUUUCAGUGGAGGUUUUGUCGGUGAUUGCUGUGCAGGUACGUACAGAGCCAGCAGCGAUAUCAGGUGCAGAGCCUUGCUGGCUGCGGGACGUGUGGGUGUCUGUGCACAGCCCAGCUGACCUGCUGCUGCUCUCCUCCAGGCCCUGCGCCAUGGUGGUCCCCGACUUCGAGCUGAUCUGCGAGAUCAUGCUUGUUGCUGAAGGCUUUAUCGACGCCAAGCUUCUGGCAAGAAAGUUCAUUACUUUGUACACACUCUGCAAAGAGCUGCUGUCCAAACAGGAUCACUAUGACUGGGGUCUGCGGGCUAUCAAGUCCGUGCUGGUGGUUGCUGGCUCCUUGAAGAGAGGGGACCCUGGCCGCGCCGAGGACCAAGUUCUGAUGAGAGCUUUACGAGACUUCAACAUCCCCAAGAUCGUGACAGAUGACUUGCCCGUCUUCAUGGGGUUGAUCGGAGAUCUCUUCCCAGCCCUGGACGUCCCCAGGAAGAGGGACCUCAACUUUGAGAAGAUCAUUAAGCAGUCCAUGCUGGAGCUGAAGCUGCAGGCAGAGGAGAGCUUCGUGCUGAAGGUGGUGCAGCUGGAGGAGCUGCUGCAAGUGAGAAACUCGGGCUUCGUCGUCGGCAACGCCGGCUGCGGGAAGUCCCAGGUGCUGAGGUCGCUCAAAAAGACAUACCAAAGCAUGAAGAGGAAGCCGGUCACCGUGGACCUCGACCCAAAGGCUGUGACCUGCAACGAGCUGUUCGGGGUCAUCCACCCGUCCACGCGGGAGUGGAAGGAUGGUCUGUUUUCUUCAGCGAUGCGUGACCUGGCCAACAUCACACAUAAGGGGCCCAAGUGGAUCAUCCUCGAUGGAGAUAUUGACCCCAUGUGGAUCGAGUCCCUGAACACGGUCAUGGAUGACAAUAAGGUUCUCACCUUGGCCAGCAACGAGCGCAUCCCCCUCAACCCCACCAUGCGGCUCCUUUUUGAGAUCAGCCACCUGCGGACCGCCACCCCGGCGACUGUGUCCCGAGCGGGAAUCCUCUACAUCAACCCCACGGACCUGGGCUGGAACCCCGUUGUCACCAGCUGGAUCGAGGCAAGGACGGUGCAGUCCGAGAAGGCCAAUUUGAUGAUCCUCUUUGACAAGUACCUGCCGGUGUGCCUGGAGAAGCUCAAGUCUGGGUUCAAGAAGAUCACACCGGUCCCUGAUAUCACGGUGACCCAGACGGUGCUGUACCUGCUGGAGUGCCUCCUGACGCCGCAGACCGCCCCACCGGACUCCCCCCGGGAGCUCUACGAGCUCUACUUCGUCUUCGCCUGUGCCUGGGCCUUCGGCGGGGCCCUGUUCCAGGACCAGCUCGUGGAUUACCGCCUGGAGUUCAGCAAGUGGUGGGUCAACGAGUUUAAAACCGUCAAGUUUCCUUCUCAGGGGACGAUUUUUGACUACUACAUCGAUCCGGAAACGAAGAAAUUCAUGCCCUGGACUGAGAAAGUGCCGAAAUUCAAGCUGGAUCCCGAAGUCCCCUUACAGGCCUCCAUGGUGCACACAACGGAGACCAUUCGCGUGCGCUACUUCAUGGACCUGCUGAUGGAGAAGCAGCGGCCGGUGAUGCUCGUGGGGAAUGCAGGGACGGGAAAAUCAGUCCUGAUGCGGGACAAGCUCGAAGCGCUCAGCGCAGACGAAUACCUCGUGCAGUUUGUGCCUUUUAACUUCUAGGGGAGGAACUACGGCCCGCCCGGGACCAAGAGGCUUAUCUACUUCAUCGAUGACAUGAACAUGCCGGAGGUGGACAAGUACGGCACCGUGGCACCGCACACGCUCAUCCGGCAGCACAUGGACCAUGGGCACUGGUACGACAGGAACAAGCUGACCCUGAAGGACAUUCACAGAUGCCAGUACGUGGCCUGCAUGAACCCCUCCGCAGGGUCCUUCACCAUCGACCCCCGGCUGCAGCGGCACUUCUGCGUCUUCGCCCUGAGCUUUCCCGGCCAGGAGGCCCUGCUCGCCGUGUACAGCACCAUCCUCGCCCAGCACCUGGCCCUGCAGAAGAUGCCACCGGCCGUGCAGAAGCUGCAGCCCCAGCUGGUGGCAGCGGCGCUGGCUCUCCACCAGAAAGUCGCCGCCACCUUCUUGCCAACAGCCAUCAAGUUCCACUACCUCUUCAACCUCCGUGACCUCUCCAACAUAUUCCAGGGCCUCUUGUUCUCCACCCCCGAGUGCCUGAAAAGUCCCGUGGACUUGGUGCGCCUCUGGCUCCACGAAGCCGAGCGGGUGUACGGAGACAAGCUCCUCGAUGAACGGGAUCAAAAAGACUUUGGGAAGAUGCUGGCGGACACCUGCAGGAAGUGCUUUGAUGAACUCAAUGAAGACCUAGUGUUCGCCAAGCCCAACAUCUACUGCCACUUUGCCCAGGGCAUGGGGGAGCCCAAGUACCUGCCGGUGCCGAGCUGGCCGGCCCUGAACAAGCUGCUGGGGGAAGCCUUGGACAGCUACAACGAGAUGAACGCGGCGAUGAGCCUGGUGCUCUUUGAGGACGCAGUGUCUCAUAUUUGCCGAAUUAGUCGGAUCUUGGAGUCCCCCCGGGGCAACGCGCUGCUGGUGGGGGUGGGAGGCAGCGGGAAGCAGAGUCUGGCGCGGCUGGCAGCGUACCUCAGCAACCUGAACGUCUUUCAGAUUACGCUGAGGAAAGGCUACAGCAUCCCGGACCUGAAGCUGGACCUCGCCUCCCAGUACAUGAAGGCGGCGGUGAAGAACGUCCCCACUGUGUUCCUGAUGACCGACUCCCAGGUGGCUGAAGAAUCGUUCCUGGUCCUAAUCAACGACUUCUUGGCGUCUGGGGAGGUCCCGGGGCUUUUUCAGGAUGACGAACUAGAAAACAUUAUCAGCGCCAUGAGGCCCCAAGUGAAGUUCCUUGGAUUGCAAGAUACAAGGGAAAACUGCUGGAAAUUAUUUAUAGACAAAGUCAGGCGUCAAUUAAAGGUGGGUGUUCGCCUGGGGGGCGUCAGUGCUCCUGAUUUGCCCGAUCCAAACCUGACUGCAGACAGGACACAGAGCACUGCGGUUUCAUUACACGGUGACAUGGUUGGGUGAAAGAUGUUUUCAGAGGCCAACCUGGGCGAUUAG